CUUCUGCGUUCACGGAACUCUCUUUCCUUAUCAACGUCGGCACCUCAAUAGAUUUUAACAACCCCCUCCGCGCGUGGCCUCGGUUGCUGCGCGCGGCCCGCGUUGGUACCCAUGGACUUCUGGACAAAAAAUUUGCGGGGCGGAGACAACGGCGUCACGCCCCGCCAGAAGCCGAAGCCUGGAAAUGUUCCUACAUCCGCUCAAGCCGACAAGCCUCCUUUGCGCGUCCCUGCUCCAUCGAGCAUGCGCAAGCUGCCUGCCUUGUCAGGAGAUUGCUCAGAAAAUAAGCCGGACUCGCCUUCAAAGGCGGCAAGCAUCGAUGGAACGGAGGACGGGACAGAGGAUUUCGAAAACGACUCUGUUCGGGUUUUCGUGCGAGUCCGCCCACCAACGGAGCAGGAGCUCGCAAGCGACAAACACGAGCAGUGCCUCUCGGUCAUUGGAAGCCGGACGCUACAGUUAAUGGUGAAGGAUAAGGGUAACAGCACGCACCGCUUCAUGUUCGAUCAGGUCCUUCCGGAGGACACCCCGCAGCAGGACGUUUUCGACCUUGCGGGCCUCGUCGCGGUGGACAACUGUCUGGCUGGCUACAACUCUUCCAUAUUUGCGUAUGGCCAAACCGGUGCUGGCAAGACCUUCACAGUGAUUGGCCAGCUCACUGACUCCGAGAAGCGGGGUCUGGCACCACGUGUGUUUGAGUACCUGUUUGCGAAGAUUACGGAUCACGAGAACGCACGCGGUCCAGACACGGUGAAGUACAACUGCAGAUGCUCUUUCCUGGAGAUCUACAACGAGACGAUCGCCGACCUUCUGUGCCCUUCCUCGAGCAACCUCCCUAUCCGCGAGGACCCUGAGAAGGGUCCUUACGUGGACGGUCUCUCCGAGCCCCCGGCCCUGAACGUGGACGAGAUGCUGCAGCACCUCAUGAAGGGCGCCGAGAACAGGCACACGGGCGAGACUCGCCUUAACCGCGAGUCUAGCCGGUCGCAUUCGGUGUUCAUGUGCACGGUUGAGAAGAACGUCACCAGCAACGGGAUCAACAAGUGCUUCUACGCCAAGCUUAACCUUGUGGACCUCGCAGGAAGCGAGCGCAUUGCAAGCGGCGCUCAUGGCGGCAGCAACGCAACUGGUGAGCACUUCAAGGAGGCUUGCCACAUCAACAAGUCGCUAACGGCUCUCGGUCGCGUGACAACGGAGCUCGUCAAGUCACAGAAGAGCGGCGGUGGUGGCCACGUGCCGUACCGCGACUCCAAGCUUACAUUCCUCCUGCAGUCGUCACUCGGAGGUAAUGCGAAGACGCUCAUCAUAGCCAACGUCAGCCCCAGCGCGAUAUGCGCACAGGAAACGCUCAGCACGCUUCGGUUUGCCAAGCAAACCAAGCACAUCCGCAACGACGCGAAAGUCAACUGGACGGUUCAGGGUGAUCGGCUUGCCAUGCAGCGCGAAAUCGAGCGCUUGCGCAUGGAGUUGGCCAGUGUUCGCUCAGGCGUCGCGGAGCCCCUCGUGCAGGCUAAUGAAGAGCUAUCCUCUCGGCUAACUUCGGCGCUGCAAUACGGGGAGGAGCUGCGGCAGGAGCGCGAUCGAGUGCUCAACGCACUGAACCAGAUGCGCCGUGAGUAUCGGGUGCUAGACCAGCGGCUUGUAGGCCUUGCCGCCAUCAGCGGAAUGGACGGAAGCAGGGGCGCUGGCGCUUUGGCAACCGUUAUGGAUGAGAUUGAGGCAAUCGACGCCACGUCUUCCCAGCGCCUCCUGGAGAGGAUUGAGUGCGAGCAGCACAUCCUUGCCAUCCAGCGCCAGAUGGAAGAGGAUAUGCGAUUAAGGCUGGUGGAGCAGCUGCGCGCUUCAGAGCAGGGCCGCGAGCUCGCUGUGCUUAAGUGCGAUGACCUAACCUCUCAGCUGGCGGCGCUGGUCAAGGAGAAGAGCGAUCUAGAGGAGAGCUGCAGCGUCCUGGCCGACAACUUUUCGCAGGCGGGCGCCAAGAUUAGCGAGCAGAAGGAGCAGCUGGAAGCUCAGCAGGCCGACCUAGUAGAGGUCAGGCUGCGCAAACAAGAGCUGGAGCAGCAGCUGGAAAGCAAGGGCGCUGAGCUCGAGACGGCGGGGCAGCAGCUAUUGGAAACGCGAUCCAAGCUUAGCGCUACGAUCGAGGAGGCUGAGCGCGCAGUUGCGCACGCGGCUGAGCUGCAGGCGCUUCUCGACGACAAGCAGGCAGAGCUUAGUCAGCAAGGAAGCCGCAUGGAGGGCUUGACACGGCAGUUGGAGGGCGCUCUGUCCGAGGUCCAACUGCUGCAAGGAUGCUUGGCUGAGGCCCAGGAGCAGCUGGUCCAGACUCAGCAUGAGAGCAGGGCUUCGAACAGCGAGCUCUUGGACCGCAUCGCCCAACUCUCCAGCGACCUGAAAUCGCUCGAGGAGAAGGCGUUCCAGGACAGCACUGCUAUAGAGGAGCUGCAGGGCAGCGCCACCCUCCGGGAGCAGCAGCUGGCUGAACUUGAGGAGCGGCUGCAGAAGAAGGAAGCUGAGUGCGCGGCGGCCUUCGAGCGCUUGCAAGCUACGGAAUCAGACCUUGUGGCGCAAACUGAGGCGCGCAGCACUGCCGACUCGGAAGUUGUGUCGCUUUCGGCCCAGCUGGCAACAUUGCAGGAACAGUUCACUGCCAGUCAGGCCCGUUUGGCUGCGCAGGAUGAGGAGAUCCAGCAAAGCAAGCUCCGAGUUGCGGCAUUAACGGGCGAGCUUGAGGCCAAGGCAGUGGCCGUUUUGGAGGCAACUGGGCGCGCCACAGCAGCGGAGGAGGAGGUAGCGAGCUUGGCAUUCCGCGCGCAAGCGCUCGAAAGCAGCGCUGCCGAACAGACUCUUGUUCAUUCGGCAACGGUGCAGGCCCUGCGCGAGGCGGAAGGGACCGCCCGUGAGUUGGAGGCCAAGGUUGAAGGCAUGCAGGCGCAGCUGCAGGCUGCGCAAAGCGAGCUCCAGGCGAGCGAAGGACGGGCGGAGGAGCUGUGCAGCAAGGUUACGGCGAUGGAGGCGCGUACGGCAGACCUGGAAGCGCAGCUGCAGCGGCAAGAUGCGCUGGUGGCGACGCAAGCGGCUGGAGUCCAGGAACGUGUAGCGGCAAUAGCUUUGCUAGAGUCCCGCAUCGCUGAGGUUGAGGCCGCGAAAGCAUCCCUAACCGACCAGCUAGAGCAGGAGCAGUCCAGCAGCGCCACUCUUCGCAGCACGCUUGUGCAAAGCGAGGCAUGCGUUGCAGAACUGCGCGAGCAGCUACAGCAGGAGCAGUCCCGGAUGCACAAUACACUCCGGGAGAUGUCUGGGAACGCUGUAGCGGCGCAGCACCAGAUUGCUGAGCUGGAAGAGCAGCACCUGCAUGAAGUCCAGCAGCUGAAGGACGAGCUUGACAAACGCAGCAACGAGCUAAAGCAGCGCGACCAGGAAAUGGUGCGCACCAACUUUGCGCUCAAAGGAGAGAUCGACCGGCUCAAGUCAUCACUUGAACAGGCGAAGCGUGACUCGGCCACCGGAAAGGCGAAUCAGGAGCAGCUGGUCGCAUCGCACCAGUCUAUGAUUGCCGGCAUGAACGAGAGGCUGUCAAAGCAGACCGAGCGGUACAACGAGCUUAGCAAGAAGUACGAUGCGCUCAAACAGCAACUGGACCAGGCGCAGCGCGAGGUGGAGUCGUGGAAGACUAAGUCGGAGCGCCUUGACCACGCAAUGGCUGACGUCACUCGCCUCAUCCGAUUCGCCCGCAACCCGCCCGACUCAGCCCGUUCCUCGCUAAUCAUGAACCGCAACGAGCACGUCUCUCCGAACCUUGAUGGGCAGCGCUGGACUACGAUUGGUGCCUCAGGCUCCCGCACAGGGGCACCUAUGCCGCCAUCCCCGAACUCACUAUGCAUCCGCAUCUCAGAGUCUCCAGCGGAGUCACCACGCAGGUCAAUGAGCCGGUACUCUGGCGUCAGUCCCGCCGGCUCUAAGGCAGGCAGCGUCAGCAUUCCGCAACGCAUCAAUGGUGGCGGCGAGGACGGAGAGGAGUGGGGAAGCACGCGGCGCAUGCUCGACGUCACCAGCCCAGGAGACCAGUUGCCCAUUCCCGAUGCCGAUGAGUAGCAGGAGUGUUAGCGCCAGUUCGCUAGAUCAAUGUAUGAUUCCGUAUGUUCGAUGUCAAGUUGUCGUUUCUACAUGCUGGCUCCUUAAGCACUUCCAAGCAGGGUUUUAUGAGCGCCUACCACGAGCAUUGUCGUGUGCGCUCCACAAGAUGUAGAGAUGAACUCAUGGCAUGCAUGGCUAGGAUAACCGUAACGCAUUGACUGCUGGCUUGGAACCAGGCGUCGUGGGCAUAUUACGACCCAUGGGGCGCUACGAGUCGUCCGCGUCAUAAGCACCCUCCUGGUCGCCCCUCUCCUGUAGAAAGGGAUUAGC